GUGUAAUCUGAUUUUAGUUAUUUCCUAGGCCAUCAAAGCGGUACUUUUAAAGCAGGUCAGUCUUAAAAAGAUGCGGUCGCCGCCACCGCCGCCACCGGGAGCGUCUCCUUGGCCUGAAACGCUCGGCCCCCCUUCCUCUGCCCACCUCCCCCCUGUCCUCCGGCUGGAGAAGUGAGGGCACUCGAAUGGUGGACUGUCAGGGGACUCACACUCCGCCAACGGGAUCGCAUCGCCUUCGUGUUCUGCCUGAGAUUUCCCAACGCCAAGUGCAAUGUGGAGACCGAGGCCGCAGGCAGGGAUUGCGCUGUGAGAGACAAUCUUUCAACGAGAUACAGAGCAAGAGAGAAAUCCAGAAAGGAACCGGUGCUCUCGGGAACCGGGGAGCUCGCCACUGAAGGAAGAGCACCAAGAUUUUCGAUCAGGCGAUCCCGGUCCUGGGACGCUCACACAGCCUGCCUGCCAUCUGGGGCAAGGACUGAGAGCUAUGGUCCUGAGUCCACGGUCGCCAGCAUCACCGCGCUAGGUGCGCGCCCCGCUCUCCCAUCACUAUGCAGCGACCAUUUCCCUCUAAAUCUCAAAGGUGGACCACUCUAAAAGGAUUACAAGCGUGAUUUGGUAGCCUUUCCGAAAGUUGGUGGCCGGAAAAGGGGAAGAUCCUGGGCGACAGAAUGACGGAUACAAUGCAGCCUCGCGGAGAGUUUGCCCCUCCCGCUGGGAAGCCCCUCGGAGCGAACCUCGGAGAUCCUGAGCGCUCUGCACCAUAGUUUUACAAUCAACCAGGAAUGAUGAAGCCGUCCAUAGCUGAGAUGCUUCACAGAGGGAGGAUGCUGUGGAUAAUUCUUCUAAGCACAAUCGCUCUAGGAUGGACUACCCCAAUCCCCCUGAUUGAGGACUCAGAGGAAAUAGAUGAGCCUUGUUUUGAUCCAUGCUACUGCGAAGUUAAAGAAAGCCUUUUCCACAUACAUUGUGACAGCAAAGGAUUUACAAACAUUAGUCAGAUUACUGAGUUCUGGUCAAGACCUUUUAAACUGUAUCUUCAGAGGAAUUCAAUGAGAAAAUUGUACACCAAUAAUUUUCUUCAUUUAAAUAAUGCUGUGUCCAUUAACCUUGGGAACAAUGCAUUACAGGACAUUCAAACUGGCGCUUUCAAUGGUCUUAAGAUCUUAAAGAGACUAUAUCUCCAUGAGAACAAACUAGAUGUCUUCAGAAAUGACACCUUCCUUGGCUUAGAAAGUCUGGAAUACCUGCAGGCAGAUUACAAUGUCAUUAAACGUAUAGAGAGUGGGGCAUUUCGGAACCUAAGUAAAUUGAGGGUUCUAAUCUUAAAUGAUAAUCUCAUUCCUGUACUUCCAACCAAUUUAUUUAAGGCUGUUUCUUUAACUCAUUUGGACCUCCGUGGAAACAGGUUAAAGGUUCUCUUCUACCGUGGAAUGCUAGAUCACAUUGGCAGAAGCCUGAUGGAGCUCCAGCUGGAAGAGAACCCUUGGAACUGCACCUGUGAGAUUGUGCAGCUGAAGAGUUGGCUGGAGCGAAUUCCUUACACAGCCCUGGUGGGGGACAUCACCUGUGAGACACCUUUCCAUUUCCAUGGGAAGGAUCUCCGUGAAAUCAAGAAAACAGAACUCUGUCCAUUGUUAUCUGAUUCUGAGGUGGAGGCCAGUUUGGGGAUUCCCCACUUACCAUCAAGCAAGGAGAAUGCCUGGCCAACUAAACCUUCCUCAAUGUUGUCCUCUGUCCAUUUUACAGCUUCUUCUGUUGAAUAUAAGUCCUCCAAUAAGCAGCCAAAGCCCACCAAACAGCCCCGAACACCCAGACCACCAUCUACAUCCCAGGCUCUGUACCCUGGUCCAAAUCAACCUCCCAUUGCCCCCUAUCAAACCAGACCACCUAUUCCCAUUAUAUGUCCUACUGGGUGUACAUGUAAUUUGCAUAUCAAUGACCUUGGCUUGACUGUCAACUGCAAAGAACGAGGAUUUAACAACAUCUCUGAACUCCUUCCAAGACCCUUGAAUGCUAAGAAGCUCUACCUGAGCAGCAAUCUGAUUCAGAAGAUAUACCGCUCUGAUUUUUGGAAUUUUUCUUCUCUGGAUCUCUUGCACCUGGGGAACAAUCGCAUUUCUUAUGUCCAGGAUGGAGCUUUCAUCAACCUGCCCAACCUGAAGAGUCUCUUUCUCAAUGGCAAUGAUAUAGAAAAGCUGACACCAGGUAUGUUCCGAGGUUUACAGAGCUUGCAUUACUUGUACUUCGAAUUCAACGUCAUCCGGGAAAUCCAACCUGCAGCCUUCAGCCUCAUGCCCAACUUGAAGCUGUUAUUUCUCAACAAUAAUUUGCUGAGGACCCUGCCAACUGAUGCCUUUGCAGGUACGUCCCUGGCUCGGCUCAACUUGAGGAAGAACUACUUCCUCUACCUGCCAGUCGCUGGCGUCCUUGAACAUUUGAAUGCCAUCGUGCAGAUAGAUCUCAAUGAGAACCCUUGGGACUGCACUUGUGACCUGGUCCCCUUUAAACAGUGGAUCGAAACCAUCAGCUCAGUCAGCGUGGUAGGUGAUGUACUCUGUAGGACCCCCGAGAAUCUCACCCACCGUGAUGUACGCACUAUUGAGCUGGAAGUUUUAUGCCCAGAGAUGCUGCAUGUUGCACCACCUGGACCAUCCCCACCGCAGCCGGGAGAUGAGGACCCCAAUGGAGGACCAACAAGUGCAUCACCAUAUGAGUUCUCUCCUCCCGGGGGCCCUGUGCCACUUUCCGUGUUGAUUCUCAGCCUGCUGGUUCUGUUCUUCUCAGCAGUCUUUGUUGCAGCAGGCCUCUUUGCCUAUGUGCUCCGUCGGCGGAGGAAGAAGCUGCCCUUUAGAAGCAAGCGGCAGGAAGGUGUGGACCUUACAGGAAUCCAGAUGCAAUGUCACCGUCUGUUUGAAGAUAGUGGGGGCAGUGGGGGUGGGAGUGGAGGUGGAGGUCGACCAACUCUGUCCUCUCCAGAGAAAGCCCCUCCCGUGGGUCACGUGUAUGAGUACAUCCCGCACCCAGUUACCCAGAUGUGCAACAACCCCAUCUACAAGCCUCGAGAGGAGGAAGAAGUGGCCGCCGCAGCAGCCCAGGAACCAGGAGCUGCAGAACGUGGAUGUCCUGGGACACAGCCACCAGGAAUGGGUGAGGUGCUCUUAGGAAGUGAGCAGUUUGCGGAAGCACCCAAGGAGAACCACAGCAACUACCGGACCUUGCUGGAAAAAGAGAAGGAGUGGGCCCUGGCGGUUUCCAACUCCCAACUUAACACCAUAGUGACGGUGAACCACCACCACCCUCACCCUCACCACUCCUCAGUUGGUGGGGUUUCAGGGGUAGGUGGAGGGACUGGGGGAGACUUGGCUGGGUUCCGCCACCACGAGAAGAAUGGUGGGGUGGUGCUGUUUCCCCCUGGGGGAGGUUGUGGUGGUGGCAGUAUGCUGCUAGACCGUGAGAGGCCACAGCCUGCUCCAUGCACAGUGGGAUUUGUGGACUGUCUCUAUGGCACAGUGCCCAAAUUAAAGGAACUACAUGUCCACCCCCCUGGCAUGCAAUAUCCAGACUUACAGCAGGACGCCAGGCUCAAAGAAACCCUUCUCUUCUCAUCUGGAAAGGGCUUCACAGACCACCAAACCCCCAAAAGUGAUUACCUCGACUUAAGGGCCAAACUUCAAACUAAGCCGGAUUACCUCGAAGUUCUGGAGAAGACAGCAUACAGGUUCUAACAGAAAGAAGAGAAUAAAUUAGUGGCUUUGUUUUGAUUUUCAAAAGAAAAGGAAAAUAAAAAGAAAUAUAUCCCCGGCUCCCAUUAUACUUGUCCCAAUAACUCCAUCCUCACAGUUCCCCCCUUGCCCAGGACAGAACUGAAACGCAUGAUAACUAGAGAAUACAGAAGUGGGCUCUCCCCUCUCAGAUAUGACUCUGAGGAAGGGCCGUACUCAGAUCAUUAAUCAAUGAAGUGCCUUCGCAGACUUUUGCCAGCAAAUGUUAUCAUUAUUUUUUAUACUGAAACUCGAGACUUUGACUGUGCCAUGUGUGAGGUAUAUCGGGGAUCGUUGUAUUGAUCCUAACUGAGUAAAAUUCAAUGUGUCUUUUUAUUUUCAGUAACUUUUAUUCCCUUUAGUUGCAGUUUUGUUUGAAAGGGAGUGGGGAGGUUGACAUUUAUGGCUUUCUCUCCUUUUCCCAUCAUGGCACAGAUUCUGUACAUGUAUUAACAAUGCAGUUUGCUGCAUGCUUGAAAACUGCAGGAUGGGGAGGGAGGGGCGGGUCUUGCUCGAAUGUUCUCACACUGUUGUCUCUCACACACAUAUUCAUGAGCAUACAGCAAACCUCUACAUACGCUUAGGUCCCUCAGUCUGAACUGGGUGCAGUACACACCACACACACACACACACACACACACACACACACACACACACACACACCUCCCACACAAUUUAAUCUGCUUAGUUCGGGUUUGAUCCAUUUUUUCCUCUCCAUAGCUCCAUGUGCCCUUCACGCCUAGUGUACAGCUCACAGCAUCUCUCCUACCCCCCUGGGAGAAGUCACAUUUGAGGCUGGAUCCUACUGCAGUGAAGGCUUGUUGGUUUAAAAGCUGGAGACACACCUAGGGAUGAGCACCCUCCUUGUGACAUUUCAUCCUGAUGCCAAGAUUUUUUGAGAACAUCUGCACUUUCUUAUAUAUAUAUAAAUAUAUGAUAUUAAAAAAUAAAGAAGCAACUGGGUAUAUAUCACUAACAGCUUUGUAGGAAGCACUUUUAAUGUUUUCUCUCUCACACACAAAGAUUCAAAAGAAAUGUGCAUAUAUUUAUUCUGUAAUUUCAGUGAUUAUAAAUUGUAAAGGUAAUGUUUAAUCAUUGUAUAGUGAUUAUGCGUCUGGUAUAGCUUUCCUAAUAAAAAGUUUUUGAAAAACAUAAUACAUUAUAUAUAGAAGAUACAAAGCUUGAAUUUAAACCAGCUGUACCACGCCUUUCGUACUUCCAUUUAAAAAUAUUUAUUUUACUUGAUAUGCAGAAAGCAAAUUGAUUAACAAGUCUGCUGCACUGUGAUAUUGAUAAAUCUUACUACACAGUAUUCAUAUCCCAUAUCAGGAUUAAAUUGGGGCUUGGAUAUGCUGA